UGUGUCCGGCCCCCGCGAUCUCUCGAGCUGCCCGGGAGCUCACACCCGGCUUUUCUCCAGCCUCACUCCGCGCACAGCCGUCGCCGUCAUGCUGGCCGCUGCUCUCCGCCGCUGCGCCGUGGCAGCAGCAGCCGCCAGAGCCGGCCCCCGAGGCCUCCUGCACCCUGCCUCGGCUCCCAGUCCCGCCGCCGCAAUCCCGUCAAUUCGCUGCUAUUCCCAUGGGUCCCAUGAGACAGACGAGGAGUUUGAUGCUCGCUGGGUGACAUACUUCAAUAAACCAGAUAUAGAUGCCUGGGAAUUGCGUAAAGGAAUGAACACUCUUGUUGGCUAUGAUCUGGUUCCAGAACCCAAAAUCAUUGAUGCUGCUUUGCGAGCAUGCAGGCGGUUAAAUGAUUUUGCUAGUGCUGUUCGUAUCCUAGAGGUUGUUAAGGACAAAGCAGGACCUCAUAAGGAAAUCUACCCCUAUGUCAUCCAGGAACUUAGACCAACUUUAAAUGAACUGGGAAUCUCCACUCCAGAGGAACUGGGCCUUGACAAAGUGUAAAUCCCCAUGGAUGGUCUUCCCAAGGAUUUAUUCGUAUUGCUACUUGAUUGUAAACAGUUACCUGGAAAUGCUGAUGAUAACAUAUUACCUUAUUUGAACAAGUUUUCCUUUAUUGAGUACCAAACCAUGUGAUGGUAACUUGGACUAAUAAAAGGGAAAUGAGUUUGAACUGAAA